UUGCAGGGAGCACUUUUCUUGUGACAAUCUACCAUAGCUAAGAGCUAGCUGGCUAAUGCUAACGGCUAGUGGUCUGUUUUCCUGACUCAUUAUUGAGCCGCCUAUAAAGCUAGGCUGCCAUUUUAACCUGCUACACAAUCACAAGCUGCCCACUGGGGUUAGCUUUGUUAAUACAGCUAAACAACCACAGUGGUUCACAAACAUGGUUUCCCAUCAAAGCGUAAAUGAAUUCAGAUGAAUCCCUUCCUAUUAUCCCCGCCCCGCAACACUUGGUAACUGAAAUAGCCUCACUUGGAAAGCUAACUCGGCUAAUCUAGCCCGAGAAGCUAACGCGAGCUAGCAUGAUGGCGUAGCAGUGUCAGACUCUGCAGAUCAACCUAAAAUAGCCAAAACCAGCACACCUAACGUUAAUAAUCUAAGUAAUACAUCGCCAGAUUUUAAAUCGAUUACAAUACAUGGACUCUUAUCAGAUAACACUGCCCAAUGGGAGUGUGAGAUAGUGACAGGAUUGAAGUGACUUACUCCUUCAAAUGUUUAUAUACUUUUGUGCUUCAAAUGCACCGUUGGGAGAGAAUGAUUUUCGAUAAUGGACCCAGUUAUGGAGCCAUGUUUUGAUAUCAAAUGAUGAGGUUAUUAAUCACGUCCAAGCACUGUGGUCUCCAACCUUUUUGAACCCACGAACAGGCUCGUUUGUGUCAAAACUCUGACAGACUAGAGGAAAAAUACAAACAGGAUAUAAAGAGGUGCACUCCAGACCUCAUAGUAAUUGUCUGGAUAAUUUGUUUGAACUUUAAACAAACUCCUCCAGGCGGCUGGGGACACAGAAUGAUCGGUUAUCAAGGGUCUUCGCCUCAUUAUUCCAACUCGUACACUGCUAUGAACUAUUCAUUUCAGACUCAGAGAGGGUCCCCCACGCUGUAUGGCUUCCUGAGAUUCUUACUUUGUUUGUCAUGCUUGCAUCAGAGUACAUUUAUGCACUGUAUGUAGAGCUACAGAAACGCCUUUCUGCAGUUAAUGAGAUUAUCAGCAUUCUGGUUUGUCUCGUUUUGCCUUUUGAGAGGCGACACAAUCCAAAAAUAGUCCCGUCCUUAAUUGUACGCGUGUAGCUUGAUCCGAUCACUGAGAUGGAUGGGUGGAAUUAUUUAGGUGUUUUACUGAAGGUGUGUGUUUACUGCGAUGGGGCAUUUGAGUAUUUCCUCAACAGCAGUGAUGUGUUUUGGUUUGCAGACAAGUUGUUGCUAUUUAAAGAAGUGGCUUCUCUGUGUCAUGCGUGGAACACGAUGCACGUGUUGCUGCUCAUGUUUACUUUGCUUCUCACGAUUACUAGCAUGUCCACACUUUUAUUAGAGUCGGUGUCAUGGCCGUCUCUGGUAACAUGACCACUGUGGUGUUAUCAUGUUUGAAUCAAUGUCAGGCAGAAGCAGCCACUCUUUAUGGGCGCCACACACGAGAGGCGACAUCGCCUCUAUUCCAUUCAUUUGCAAUGGAACCUGCGCGAUACGGCGAUUAUCGCGUGUCACCGUCCAGCCAAGCGACAGGUGAAAUUCGUGCGUGUGAAAGUUUGUGUAUGUGCGUGUUCGUGCACACGCUGGCUUGCGACGCGAACCCUGAAAGUUGGAAAAUGUUAAACGUUUUGUCGCUGUCGCCCAGAUGAGGACCAAUCGGAGAGUUUCAUUGAUCGACCAAUGAGCAGACAGGAUGCUAAUCCGUACGCUAUACUCGCGGUGUCAGAUUUCCCGGCGCUAUUUGACAUUUCUAAAGAAGAAUAUCGAGAUGUAAAGGAAAAAACAGUGGCAUGGGAACUCGGUGGUGCCAGAGUAAACAGCAGGUCAUCUGGUGAGGCGUGCAGAAGCUCUCAGGUGGAGGAGGGGCACACAGCGCCACCCAGUGGUACUGCAUCCCUCAACAAACUAGCUGAAGCAUCGCCACCGCCUCCCCAGAUGGACCCUGCACUCUGAGAGCAGCACCCGUCCGGACCCAGAUCAAGAGAGGGAGAAGAGGCCUCACCGGAGCAGGAGUGUGAGGGGAACCUUUGGCCGGGAAAGCAGGACAGGAGCCCACACCAUGUCAUCCAACAGGACCCAGAACCCGCAUGGACUGAAACAGAUAGGCCUGGACCAAAUAUGGGACGACCUGCGGGCCGGCAUCCAGCAGGUGUACACGCGGCAGAGCAUGGCCAAGUCUCGCUACAUGGAACUCUACACACAUGUAUAUAACUACUGCACCAGUGUCCACCAGUCCAGCCAGGGCAGGGGCUCAGUGCCCCCCAGCAAGCCCUCCAAAAAGUCCACCACUCCAGGUGGAGCCCAAUUUGUAGGCCUGGAGCUCUACAAGAGGCUCAAGGAGUUCCUGAAGAACUAUCUGACCAGUCUGCUCAAGGAUGGGGAAGACCUCAUGGACGAGUGUGUGCUCAAGUUCUACACCCAACAGUGGGAGGAUUACCGUUUCUCCAGUAAGGUCCUCAAUGGGAUCUGUGCCUACCUCAAUCGUCAUUGGGUCAGACGGGAGUGUGACGAGGGCCGCAAGGGCAUCUACGAAAUCUACUCGCUGGCCCUGGUCACCUGGAGGGAGUGUUUGUUCAGACCCCUCAACAAGCAGGUUACAAACGCUGUGCUCAAGCUGAUAGAGAGGGAGAGAAACGGCGAGACCAUCAACACCAGACUCAUCAGCGGCGUUGUGCAGUCUUACGUGGAGUUGGGCCUGAAUGAGGAGGACGCCUUUGCCAAAGGCCCCACGCUGUCGGUCUACAAGGAAUACUUUGAAUGCCAGUUCCUGACGGACACGGAACGUUUCUACACGCGCGAGAGCACCGAGUUCCUCCAGCAGAACCCGGUCACCGAGUACAUGAAGAAGGCGGAGGCCCGCCUGCUGGAGGAGCAGCGGCGCGUGCAGGUGUACCUCCACGAGUCCACGCAGGACGAGCUGGCCAGGAAGUGCGAGCAGGUCCUCAUCGAGAAGCACCUGGAGAUCUUUCACACAGAGUUCCAGAACCUUCUGGAUGCCGACAAGAAUGAAGACCUGGGCCGCAUGUACAAUCUGGUGUCACGCAUCACUGACGGCCUGGGAGAACUCAAGAAGCUUCUAGAGACCCACAUCCACAACCAGGGCCUCGCUGCCAUCGAGAAGUGUGGCGAGGCUGCGCUCAACGACCCCAAAGUGUACGUGCAGACCACACUGGACGUCCACAAGAAGUACAACGCUUUGGUCAUGUCCGCCUUCAACAAUGACGCUGGCUUUGUGGCGGCGCUCGACAAGGCGUGUGGUCGAUUCAUCAACAACAACGCCGUCACCAGGAUGGCGCAGUCGUCCAGCAAGUCGCCCGAGCUGCUCGCCAGAUACUGCGACUCAUUACUCAAGAAGAGCUCCAAAAACCCAGAGGAGGCGGAGCUAGAGGACACGCUUAACCAAGUGAUGGUUGUGUUCAAGUACAUCGAGGACAAGGACGUUUUCCAGAAGUUCUACGCCAAGAUGCUCGCCAAGCGUUUGGUCCACCAGAACAGCGCCAGCGACGACGCCGAGGCCAGCAUGAUCUCCAAACUCAAGCAAGCGUGCGGCUUCGAGUACACGUCCAAACUGCAGAGAAUGUUCCAGGACAUCGGUGUCAGCAAAGACCUCAACGAGCAGUUCAAGAAGCACCUGACCAACUCUGAACCCCUGGACUUGGACUUCAGUAUUCAGGUUCUGAGUUCAGGAUCGUGGCCUUUCCAGCAGUCCUGCACCUUCGCUUUGCCCUCUGAGCUGGAGAGAAGCUACCAGCGCUUCACAGCGUUCUACGCCAGCAGACACAGCGGCAGGAAGUUGACGUGGCUCUACCAUCUGUCCAAAGGCGAGCUGGUCACCAACUGCUUCAAGAACAGGUACACGCUGCAGGCGUCCACCUUCCAGAUGGCCAUCUUGCUGCAAUACAACACGGAGGACAGCUACACCGUCCAACAGCUCACCGACAGCACGCAGAUCAAAACCGACAUCCUGGUCCAAGUGCUGCAGAUCUUACUGAAGUCCAAACUGCUGCGCGUCUGUCCGUCCAUCUGCCAGGUUCUGGAGGACGAGAACGCCAAUGUGGACGAGGUGGACUUCAAACCGGACACAGUCAUCAAACUGUUCUUGGGAUACAAGAAUAAAAAGUUGCGCGUGAACAUCAACGUGCCUAUGAAGACGGAGCAGAAGCAAGAGCAGGAGACCACUCACAAGAACAUCGAGGAGGACCGCAAGCUCCUCAUUCAGGCUGCCAUCGUGAGGAUCAUGAAGAUGAGGAAGGUCCUGAAGCACCAGCAGCUCCUCGCCGAGGUCCUCAACCAGCUGUCGUCUCGAUUCAAACCCAGAGUCCCCGUCAUCAAGAAAUGCAUUGACAUCUUGAUAGAGAAGGAGUACCUGGAGAGAGUGGAUGGCGAGAAGGACACAUACAGCUACCUGGCCUGAAACCCUUCCCCAGCCCACCGACUCGCCUCAGUUUUAGUUUUACGUGUUAUCUUCAUUUCCCCCCGUCUGAGUAAUAAAGUGUGGAUCAUGAUGUGCGGCGGACAUGUUGAGAUCGCUGCUGAGCAUGUGACAACCUAAAGGUGAACUUUGACCUCUCCUGUCGGUGAUGAAGGAACUUACACAUCACCCCCAUGCCUUUUGAGAAAAGCAGCGAAGCCCCGCCCACCAACGCACGUUUGUCAUGUUGUAAAUACGCCCGGAUUUUAAGAGGAGAAACCCCCUGCCGCCAUCUCUCUUGCGCCAUCGGGAAAAACAUCACGACUUUAGCCUUCAGCCAAUCAGAGAGCCAUAUCCAAAGGUUUCUGCAUGCUCCCGCCUCCCUGCACCGCCGUCUAGCACAGCGGGACAAACGAAGCAAGCAUCAUUUCAGAGUAAAAAUGAUAUAAAGGAAAAACAUCCCAAGUGGAGCUGAAGUGCUUGCUGCUGAUUGACUCGCCUUGCCCACUUGGCCAAUCGCAGAACACAACCAGCACCCUGUAUUUGUAAACAUGGUCCGUGUUUAUCAUACAAGCAUUACUGUCAGAUGCUUGUGACAUCACUAACACGACAGUCACCUGUCGGCUCUUCAACAUAAGAGCGUCAGGAAUGCGACAAAACCUGCGAGUAAAGUGAAACAAACGUCAACAUUGUUAGGAAACUAGUACUGAUGGUAAGAAAGAUUUUAUGGUUACAGCAGAAGUGGAUCAGACAGCAGGCGAGUGAGGCCAUUUUAGCACCAGAAUUCACAUCAAAAGUCAAAACGUGAGCAUGCUUCAAAGGUGUUUUAAUGGUCAUCUCAUUGAAACAAUGACUCUUCAGCACCUCCAGUAGACAAACUAGACAUUGCUGGCAGUGAUAUCACGGAGGUGUCACAAACGUGACUGAAGGUACUGCCAGCUUUGUCAAGGUUUAACAUUGCCAUUAUUAUUUUGUGACUUAACAGAAAUAAAAUCGCCACUACAAAGUUUUUGGCUGCGUUUCAGAAAGUCUUAAGCACCAGAAAAAAACUUGUUUGCUGGUGGUUUUUUGUAAUGUAUGAGUUCCAACACACCUGAAGGCAUUAUUUGACAUCACCCAAAAACAGCAGUAUCACAAUUAUUUUGUCUCCCCCCCCAAAAAACGGGGAAAAACAUAUACAUGUAGCUUUGUCAAAAAAUUGACUGGAUUUGCUGUCAGUUUAAACGGUAAACAAAAACCUGCUGGUGAUGAAUUUGGUCCCUGAAAGUUGAACUGAGAAGACGUUUCAUCAUCCCGCAGCAAAAUUAUGUAUUAAAAAAAGGAAGUCUUGUUCUUUAGGUUCAAACCAACACUUGUGGAGGAGAGACAACAAUCACUAAAGAAGACUAGUAAACAUCAGGCGAUCUCCAUCUCCCGCUCAAUGCCGACGUACUUGAGAGCGUCCGCUUGACUGUACCUGGUAGCAAAACAAAGAAGCGCCACGAAGUGCUGAUCACUCAUGUGGCGUACUCACUCUCGUUGAGGUCGUGGGCAUCCUCCGGGUGCUCCUUGCCGUCGCACAUCUCCAUCUUGAAGUCGGGCUCUUCCUCCUCCUCGUCCUCGUUGUCACUGGACUGCGCCAGCGAGCUGACCAACUCCACGAAGAUCUCGUCGUUGAUGAAGCCGCAUUCUUGGCGACCACGAGUACAUGACGGGGAUGGAGGCCACAGCGUUGAGGGUCUUCAAGGGGAUGACCUGGCGGGAGAACUCAGAGAAGCCGCUGUCCACCGUGCACUACAGUGGAGAGUGUGGCUUGUCAACACGAGAAACCUAACGAAGCAACGGCAGGGAAAGCUCAAAUCAAUCCGCUUACCUCUCGCGUGCCUCUGAGCGAGCCCACGGAUGUCAUGAUGUGGGCCGGCUGGAUGCGGCGGGUCUUCCACUCCUGGUUCAAGAUGUCGGUACGCUCCAGGAUUUUCUGGCGGUUAUUGUUGAACAUGCUCUGGAAAGAGACGUCUUUGGCUCACGUUUCUGCGACAACUCGUGCAUUUGAUUUCAGUGGAAAAAUCCACCAACCUUGACCUCAUCGGCCCGUCUGAAGCGCUUGAGCUGGCGCAGCUUCAUGUACUUAGACUUGACUCUCCGCUUCCAACAGGCCGGACCUUUCUCUGAACGCUUGCCAGUCAGCACCAUGAUCAACCUGCACCGAGACAUAAUCAUGACGGAGACAACACUUGUGCUUUUGUGGGCCAGCUGAUGAUGCAACCAUAGCAAAAGUAGCCUCUUCAAUUUCAAAUCUGUCCAUUGUUACUGUGAAGUCAGCCAUGACAGCAUCGCCACACGCCCACAUAUUGACUCACUUUGUCUACAAUGCAACAACUUCCUGUCUGGAACUGAGGUUCAAAUCCAGCGAAGGAAGUCCCCUUUUCAGUCAAUUACAAUUGUUAACAGGAAAUAGCAAGACUUCCAGCAGCCAUAUGUUUAGAAAGUAGAGGUGGUCCGUCGACAUGACACGACUAUCACUACUACAUAGUCAAGCGAUCUAAAUCCACUCCGAGUAAUUUUCUGUGUAUUAUAGGUUACCAUCAUUACUUGUUAAAAGUGCAGAAUAUUGUCAGACAUUAAGGUUGUAAAAUGACAGACUUUUGUGCUGUUUUUCAACACUUCAUGUACUUAAAGGAAGUUCGUGAUAGAGUGAAUUGCACUCGCAUGCUUUGGAGUAUACACUUAAGGAAGGGUCCUUCGAAGUUGACACUUCUGACAGCACGCGACCGGGCUAGCUUAGCUGUGGGUAAGUUUCCAAACAUAAAAGUCGUCUACAAAGAAGACAUACCACAUUCGGGUGGUCAGGAAAAACGUCAAAAUAAAGAGGCACACAUUAACGCCUCGCCUCGCCUUGCCUGUGCUGGGGGCUCCGUCGUCAUUCAAGAUCGAGCUGACAAAUACGGGCAAAGUCGUCCUUUGUGUUUGCCGAUUAGCUAGCUCGCUAGCUGGGGGUAGCUCAGUGGCUAACGAACAGUUAGCCAACAAGGAGGACGCUUUUCACUCCGGCGGAACAAUGACUUCACUUGUACGGGCUCGACGCACUCAAAGCCACACCGCUUCUUUGAGUUUGAACACGGUUGUCGCACAAAAAAAUCUAUUUACAGCGCCGAUUUCUCUCCAAUUCGGCAAUCCAAUCCCGCUCUCGCCACCCACUACGACUGCGGCGGAUUUCGGAGGCGCCAAACAUUUGGACCAAUCACAGGCCUUAACCUUAGACCACCUCAGUGUCGUGUGAUGCGAUAGGCCGUGUUUAUCAGGUAGUCAGCCAAUGAAAGGUCACGCUGAUAUAACCAUACCAGGCCUGACACCGGUGGCGACAGCAGCACAGGAUAUGUUGAACGCUGUUAUCUGUUUAAUUACAGAGGCAUCUGUCUUUAUUUAUUAUCUAGUUGGCUUGUCUGCGUGACGGAAAAUUUGGAUGCAUUCAAGUGAAACGAAAGGGAUUAAAUGAGGGUCGCCAAGUUUAUUUAGCCCCGCCCUCAUUCAGCCGUGAAUGCCGCGUUCUCCUAGUAAAUGUAAUAACAUUUAUUCAAACAUUUAGUUUGUAUGCAAUUUUGGCAAACAUAAAUUCUAUAUGCAUGACGAAUUACAAAAUUGUACUGUCAAAGAUAACGCAACACUAACACAAUGAUAUUGGGUCAGUGCUGUUCCACUCAAAUCCUGAUGGUGGCGGUAAUGCACAUUUUAAAGUGAUCGCCAACACGUAAACAUUUGGCCUCAUUCACGAAACGUUCUUACGAACAAAUGUGUUCUUAAAGCCUUCUUACGAAGAUUUUUGGCAUUCACGAAACGUGUUCUUAACUCACAGUUCUUAGAUCUAAGAACAAAUUCUACGAACGCUCAGGAGGACUCUUACGCACAAGCAAAGCUUGCACUUUCAAUGCGCAAUCGCCCUCAUGAUGGAUUUUGCAACCUGAUCCCAAAAAAUGUAGUGCAAAUAAAAUAUCCCAACAAUUAUUUAUCAUCAAAACAACUAAAAUAUACUCCAUCGAUAAAUAUAUAUUCAAAUUCCAAUUCAUCAAAAAAAGGCUGGCUGGACGUGCUGCGCAGAGAGAGAAUGUAAAGAGACCAUUAGAUUUAUUUGAUGAAAACCACGAAUAUUUGAUGUCCCGCUUCAGGCUUCAGGCUUCCCUCUCUGUUCUUGCAGGUGCGCAGGAUCAUCAGAAUAACACCGUAAUGAAACGUGGUGUGCCUAUUGCGCGCGGAGCACCCCCAGAUAACGACAUGCGCCCCCAGCCACGUCUUGAGCCAGAGCACGGGGCUGCUGUAUUAAUUAGGCAGCGUCUAAUCAAAUGUAACCACAGAAAAAACACAUUGUCAAACACAAACUAUGUAUUUUGACUUUAUUUUUCCAUCAUGAUUGUGUAAAUAUUUUCUAGAGUUUCCGAAAUGGUUUGGUUUCUGAUUGAUGGCCCACCUCCCGUUUCCUCCAGAUCCCUCCGGUGCAGUCCAAUCUUUUUUUGAGUCUAUUUUAAGUCAAACACUUCUUUUUAACCUCUGCGGUGGAGCGUUUCUCCGUGGAAACCGCACUUAUGUUUCCUGCAAUGGUGCUCCAUGCCGACUCUUUUUGGAUGGCCUGAUGACCGGUGGAUACACUUGAAAAUAAGGUGGUCUUGUGUUCGCUCACUCCUUGUAAAAGCACCUCUAUUUCAGUAGAAUUGAAGUUUUUCUUUUGUUUGUUGUCCAGCUGCUCCUCAGUCUCGCCCUUGCGCGUUGCCAUCUCCGCCUCCAGCUGCCCGUUGCGCACGGCACAUUUUUUACCUUAUAUAGGAAAUAAUAGGCGGUGACCUAUGCAAAUUAGGGCUCACAUGCACGGGCAUCGCAGUUGGCGUUCAUCAACCUAAGAACACCGGUGCGAACGAUUAUCCCUACUUUAGAACGUGUCGUGAAUGUGGCGCAGUUUCCAACCCGCGCCUUCUUAAGUACACUUCUUAAGAAGACUUUUAAGAAGAUGUUCGUGAAUGAGGCCCAUUGUUGCUAGUGUAAUGUAAUGGGACAUGGCAAGGCCAUUAAGACUCUGCCUGAACCAACAGCACAUUUUUUCCCUUCCGAGAAUCAAAGUAAAACAAAUACAUACAGUACAUGAAAAAGAGGGCAAAUAAACGUGUUCAUCUCAGUUUGUAGGACACAAGGGAAGGUAAGAAUUAGAUUAGAUUGUACUUUAUUUAUUCCUCAACAAAGAAAUGUAAAUGUUACGACAGCAGAAAUCCAGCCAAUCUUUUUCUAUGCCGCUUAUCCUAAUUCGGGUCGCGGGGGUAUGCUGGAGUCUAUCCCAGCUGGCUUCAGGCAAGAGAUGGGGUACACCCUGGACUGCUCGCCAGCUAAUCACAGGGCACAUAGAGACAAACUAUCAUUUACACUCAUUUUUAUACCUAUGGACAAUUUAGAGUCUCCAAUGAAGCUAACAUGCAUGUUUUUGGAAUGUGGGAGGAAACCGGAGUACCCGGAGAAAACCCACGCACGCACGCACGCACGCACGCACGCACGCAGGCACGGGGAGAACAUGUAAAUCCAUACAGAGACGCCCAAGCGGAGCUUCAAACCCAGAUCUUCCCGAUCUCCUGACUGUGUGGCCAACAUGUUAACCACUCGGCCACCGUGCGGCAAAAAGCACAAUAUACAGCAAUGAAAUCCUGCGCGGGGGUGUUCAGGGACCAACUUAUGCUGUCAAGACAAACAGAAACCAAUCAUCACACCAUGCCAAGCGAGUUUCAUUCCACAGCACAACGUACACACAUAAAAUCCCACUAGUCUGACAAGGCUGCUGGCAGGAAGUAAACACUGUUGUUUUUGACGUAUGGGUAAUUCUUGUGGACCUGUUAGCAGUUUUUCUUUGAUGAACGAAUGUUUUCGUAAAAGAAUAAUUCAGAUGGUGAUGAUAAUCGCACAAAAAACAGAGCAUCGCACAUACCAUCACCGCCCAGCACAUACCAUCAGUCAGUCUCUGUAAGACUCGAGGGACAACUUUCAGGUAGAACAGGAAGAGACGACACACCUCAUAUAAAAGCUACUUGAGUCUCACACGCGACACAAAGCAAGACAUCUCCACUGGUGAGCCCAUUCAACAACACGGUAAUCAAAGCUAGAUUAACAUCUGUAUUUGAGCUGCAAAAUGCAAUUUAACUCUGCUUCCAAUAGGGGAGGAUGAUUCAUUUAUUUCACAAAAACAUGUAGAUAUGCUAAGACGUUAUAUAUAUAUAUCCAGAAAAAAACAGCAUCUCAGCUUUGUGAUAUAGGUGAAAAGCGUGUUAUUAGUAUGAACUUUGGCCUUUGCUCUUUUUCCCCAUUUCUGCAGUUGUUGCUUUUUACAUUUGCAAUUGCAGUAUUAUGACUUUUUCUUCAACCUAAUUGUCCCAGAAAUGACUGCUUUAUUUUGUUUUGUUUGUUUUUCACAAUAUGACGACUUUAAAAACCAUCAUAUUUUUUCUUUAAUAUUAUGUAUUAUUAUGUAUGCUACUAAAAUUGUUAUUUUUCCUCACAAUAUUAAAAAAAGUUAAUUGUAAAAAAAGAAAAAAAACAAUUUUGUUUCUUUUUAGGGUAUAUCUUUGAAUACUUUGACUUUAUUCUUUAAUUACGGCUUUUUUAAAAAACUUUUUUGCUGUUAUUUUUACUAUUUCAACUUUGUUCUUGUAAAUUUUCUUCUCAUAAUUAUAACAUUAUUCCCCUAAUAGUUAGACUUUAUUCUCGUAACAUUAUAACUUUUUCCACAACCUCAUUUCGCAAACAUUACAACUUUAUUUGUAACUUAGUUUGUUUUUCAGAAUAUCGCAACAUUUGAAAAAUAACAUUUUGUUUUCUUUAAUAGUUCAAGUUUAUGCUACUAAAAUGGCAGUAUUUUCCCUUACAAUAUUGCGAGGAAACGCACACACAAUGCUAAUAUUCGUAGUCUUGUAACAAAUCCGACUUUUAGUGUUAGAUUCCAACUUUUUUCUCUGAACAUUUUGAUUUUAUGAAUGUAAAAUUACUCCUGAUUUUCAAUUUUUGCUGAUGUUGUCUCAUUUUUUUUGUUUUCUUGUUAAAUUAUAUUUUUUGAAUUUGCCGCAGGCCGUAAAUGGCUCUUUGGCCGCAUUUCGGACACCCCUGCCAUAGAGCAUAAAGUCAUGUACAGUUUUGCCAUACUUCUAC